GCGCCUGGCGGGGCUGGAGCGGCAGGUGCACGCGCGGGGCCCGCGUGCUAGAGCGAUGCGCGCGUGCGCUCCCGGGUAGCACCCGACCCAGCCUGCGCGCCCCCGGCCCGCGCGCCCCCGGCCCGCAGCGAUGUGGCGGCUGCGCCUGCUGGUCCUGGCGGUGCUGGCGGCGGGCAGCGCCGAGGCCCAGACGAACUCCAGCGAGGGUUUCCUCGAGUUUUCCGUGGGAAAAUUUGCGUACUUCGUGCUCAGCAGGCCCUUUCCGCAGGAGGCCGUCCUGCGACGCGUUUCAAGCAAUGUGACCUUUCUUCUUUUCCAAAUACACUCACAGUAUCAGAACACCACAGUUUCAUUUACUAAGACUCUCCUUCCCAGCACCUCAGGAACAGGCAACGACAGAGGGCUGGUUUUCAUUCUUAGACCCGAGCAGACUAUGUGCACUUGGUACUUGGAGACGAAAGAUACCAAGCCUGUUCAAAGUGUGGCCGUUACACUCUCCUACUCAGAAAGAGAUCCCAUUCCUGGAGGCUGCAAUUUGGAGUUUGACUUAGAUAUCGAUCCCAACAUUUAUUUGGACUAUAAUUUUUUUGAGACAACUAUCAAGUUUGCACCAGCAAACAUAGGCUAUGCAAGAGCUGCAAAGCCCCCACCCUGUGAUGUGAGCACAGGCCAGGAGUCCAGAUGGAGGCUGCGCUAUGACGUGUAUCAGUACUUUCUGCCUGAGGGUGACCUCACCGAGGCCUCCCUGCUCCAUCAUCUUCAGAGGAUGGCCCAGGUGGCCCAGGUGAAGGCCAGUGCCGUCAAGGUGGUUACCCUAACAGCUGACGACAAAACAGCCGUGUCCUUCUCUUCCCUGCCGGGACAAGGAGUCAUCUAUAAUGUCGUUGUUUGGGAUCCGUCCCUCAAUACAUCCGCGGCUUACGUGCCCGUGCACACAUAUGCCUGCAGCUUUGAGUCAGUGGAUGGUAACUGUGUUUCUCCUGGAAGAGUCUCUACAAAAGUGUUCUCCACUGUGUUUGCCCUGCUCGGGCUCUUCAUUUGUUUCUUUGGACACAGAUUCUGGAAGACAGAACUAUUCUUCAUUGGCUUCAUCUUCCUGGGGUUCUUCUUCUACAUCCUGAUCACCAGACUGACACCCCUCCAGUAUGACGCUCGCCUGGCCCUCACGGCUGUAGCUGGCAGCUUCGGUGGACUCCUCCUGGUGGCCUCGUGGUGGCGAUUUGGGAUCCUCACACUCUGCAUGCUGUGUGUGGGACUCGUGCUGGGCUUCCUUGUCUCUUCUGGGACCUUCUUCACUCCUCUGGGAAACCUAAGUGUUUUUCAUGAUGAUGGAGUGUUCUGGGUGACGUUCUCCUGCAUAGCUCUGCUCGUUCCAGUCAUCUUCAUGGGGUGCCUAAGAAUACUGAACAUCCUGGCUUGUGGAGUUGUGGGCUCGUACUCCAUGGUGUUGGCUGUUAACAGUUACAUGUUCACGAGCCUCUCGUACAUCACCCUGAACAUCCUCAGGAGAGCUCUCAACGCAGAUUUCCGAGGAGUUUUCAUCAGAGUGCCUUUCCAGACCAACGACUACAUCAUCCUGGCCCUGUGGGGGAUGCUGGCUGUUAGUGGAAUAACACUUCAGAUUCGAAGAGAAAGGGGACAGACGCCGUUCCCUCCCCAUCCCUACAAGCUAUGGAGGCAAGAGAGAGAACGCAGAGUGACCAACAUCCUGGAUCCCAGCCAUCACCUCCCUCCCCUGAGAGAGAGGCUUUAUGGCCGGGUCGCUUGGAUCAGAGAGCUCUUCCAGAAGGAACAACCGGCUGGAGAGCGGACACCCCUGCUUCUGUAGAAGGCUGAGGGUCAGUGUUUGCCCUGAAGCUCUCAUCUGCACUGCUCAGUUGUCCCAGGCCCAGUUCGGGGUCAGCCGGGUGGGUGAUAGGAUGACGUUUCUGUUGGUGUACAACAGUGGAGUUAGAGGCUUCUAAGUGAGAAAAAAAAAAUCACUAAAAAGUUAGUUGUGGAUGUUUUCCCUCAUUUUCCACAAUCUUGAGAAGUUAUCUUUUGGUUUAUAAAUAGAUGAUUGAUGUCUUUUAUAAAAUACAUCAAAAAAUAAAAAUGUCUCCUU